UACUUUCUCUGCCUUCCUGGUGUAACUCAUACUGCAAUGGCUUUUGCGGACCAGUGCUCAUUAUAUCUAGCGAAAAUAAUCGAAAGGAAGCUUGUGAAACAUUAUUAGCUUUGUCCUUGUAGCGGUAAUAGUGUGUAGAUUUUUUGGGCAAGUCGUUUCGGAGUUAUUGCCGUUAAUCGCUGAAUAAGUGACAAAUAUCGAAAACAGUCGGUCGGUACACGUGUAAUGACAGUUAUACGUUUUACUUUCCAUCUGCCUGCUAAAGUCUUAUUUUUGAACACGUUUGAGUUGUAGAAUGUUUACGGUGAACCAAAAACACUGGAAUACUAACACAGAGGAUCUGUCUGGUCACCUAAGUGAAUUUAUAUCCUGCAAAAAAUAUUAGCGAUAUCAGCUGACCAACACUCUCAUUCGGCUGGACCUUCUCUCUCUCGGCUGCUACAUCUCUCUGGAAUGAUGGAGGGAAAGAGAUCAGACUCACCAGAACCCAGCUGUGUGUCCAUGAAGAGCGACUGGUCAAUGGAAAAGCCAGUUGUCUUCAGAGACAUAGCCAAUUCUGCUGAUGUGAGACCACAAAAGAAGAACUCAAACAUCAGCAGAAAUCAAUUGAAGUGCAUAUUCAAGGAGCUGGAACACAAAGUCAUCACUCUGAUAAAGAAUGAGCUGAAGAGUUUUAGGAAGCAACUGAGUCCAGAUUACCCAGCAUGCACUGAGAAGGAGGUGGAGGAUGAGGCAGAUCUGCGUCAGAGAGGGAGUGCUGAAGAUCACACUGCACGUCCUGAAGAACAUGAACCACACAGAUCUCGCUAACACACUGCAGAACAAAUCUCUGAUGUCUGUGUACCAGCCAAAGCUGAAAUGCAACCUGAGAGAGAAGUUUAAAAGUAUUAAUGAAGGAAUCUCACAGCAUGGAAGCUCAGCACUUCUGAAUGAGAUCUACACAGAGCUCUACAUCACAGAGUAUUGGAGUGGAGACGUCAAUAAUGAACAUGAGGUGAGACAGAUUGAGUCAGCAUCCAGGAGACCAGCAACACAGGAGACACCCAUCAAUUGUAAUGAUCUCUUUAAAGACAAGCCCAUCAGAAGUGUUCUGACUAAAGGAGUUGCUGGAAUUGGAAAAACAGUCUCUGUGCAGAAGUUCAUUCUGGACUGGGCUGAAGGAAAAGCAAAUCAGGACGUCACCUUCAUGUUUCCACUUCCCUUUCAAGAGCUGAAUCUGAUGAAGCAGAAAAAUCUCAGUCUGAUGAAUCUUCUUCAUCACUUUUUUCCAGAAAUAAGAAAACUACAAGUAAUAGACUGUGACUCCUACAAAGUGGUGUUGAUCUUUGAUGGUCUGGAUGAGUGUCGACUUCCUCUAAAUUUCCAGAAGAAUGAGAGACGGUGUGAUGUGACAGAGUCAGCCUCAGUGGAUGUGCUGCUGACAAACCUCAUCAAGGGGAAUCUUCUUCCCUCUGCUCUCCUCUGGAUAACCUCUCGACCAGGAGCAGCCAAUCAGAUCCCUCCUGAGUGUGUAGACCUGGUAACAGAGGUACAAGGGUUCAGUGAUCCUCAGAAAGACGAGUACUUCAGGAAAAGUAUCAGUGAUCAGAUCCUGACCAAUAAAAUCAUCUCACACAUGAAGUUUUCAAGAAGUCUCUACAUCAUGUGCCACAUCCCAGUCUUCUGCUGGAUCUCAGCCACUGUUCUAGAGAGAAUGUUGGGUGAAGCAGAGUGUGGAGCGAUCCCCAGGACACUGACUCAAAUGUUCACACACUUCCUGAUCUUUCAGAUCAAACACAAGGACCAAAAGUACCAUCAGAAAUGUGGCCCUGAUCCUCAGCAGACCAGAGAGAGUAUCCUGGCACUGGGAAAACUGGCUUUCCAACAGCUGGAGAAAGGCAACCUGAUCUUCUAUGAGGAAGACCUGAGAGAGUAUGGUAUUGAUGUGAGAAAAGCGUCAGUGUACUCAGGAGUGUGUACCCAAAUCUUCAGAGAGGAGUUUGGGCUUCACCUGGGGAAAGUGUUCAGCUUUGUACAUCUGAGUGUUCAGGAGUUUCUGGCUGCUUUAUACACAUUUCUCUCCUUUAUGUUUAGAAAGACAAAUGUGCUAAUGGAGCAAAGCACUGGACUUUUUCAUUUCUUCAGAAAUCCAAACAUGCCUGAUUUCCUGAGGAGUGCAUUGGACAAGGCCUUACAGAGUGAGAACGGACACCUGGACCUGUUUUUCCGCUUCCUUCUGGGUCUCUCACUAGAGUCCAGUCAGACUCUCUUACGAGACUUAAUGCCACAGACAGGAAGGAGCUCUCACAGCAAACAGGAAACAGUCAAGUACAUCAAGGAGAAGAUCAGGGAGAAUCCAUCUCCAGAGAAAUCCAUCAAUCUGUUCCACUGUCUGAAUGAACUGAAUGAUCAUUCUCUAGUGCAGGAAGUACAAACUUACCUGAACAGAGGAGGUAACAAUCAUCUCCGUGGAAUCAGACUCUCUCCUGCUCAGUGGUCAGCUCUGGUGUUUGUGUUAUUGAACUCAGAUCAGGACCUGGAUGUGUUUGAUUUAAAUAAAUAUGACCCAUCAGAUGAAUGUCUUCUGAGGCUUCUGCCUGUGGUCAAAGUCUCCAGGAAAACUUUGCUAUAUGAGUGUAAUCUGACAGAGGAAAGCUGUCGAGUUCUGUCCUCGGUUCUCAGCUCAAACUCCUCCAGACUGAGAGAACUGAACCUGAGUAACAAUAAACUGCAAGAUUCAGGAAUGAAGCUGCUCUCUGCUGGACUGCAGAACCCACACUGUACAAUGGAGAUACUGAGGAUGUGUAACUGCAGUAUUACAGAUGAAGGCUUUGCUGCUCUGGCUUCUGCUCUGAGGUCAAACUCCUCAUCACACCUGAGAGAACUGGAUCUGAACGGUAAUAAUCCAGGAGAAUCAGGAGUGAAGCUGCUCUCUGAUCUACUGAAGGAUCCACACUGUAAACUGGAGACACUACAAAUUAAGAAUUAUAAACUCACCAGGACUGGUGUAUGACAGUAGUCUCACCUCAAACCUAUUUUCCAGAAUAAAGCAGUUUUGGUGAAGCGUUAGAACCCGUCCCGCAUUUCCAGCAGUUUGGGAGCUGAAUCAUUUAUAUUCAGAUGUAGAAGUUCCAUAACAAUAACCGUGACUGAUCACAUCUUUUAAUCCAGGGGUUCCCAAACUUUUCCAGGGCAAGGCCCCCCAAAUGGCAUUAACAUUUGACUGAGGCCCCCCUUUUGCAAGAUGUCUUUAAAACACAUUAAAAAUACAGACUCCUGAAUAUAUCCCCCUUUUUUUUUAUUAAUAAUUACAUCUUAAAUCUUUACAUUACAUUAGGAAUUGAUUGUGUGUGUGUGGUUGUCUGACAGUGAGAAAGAGAAAACAUACUAGUGGGAGGGAUGGGCACACCAAAUUGUUGAGGCCCCCCGGGCACCCCCUGGCCUCCACUUUGAAAACCACUGCUUUAAUCCUCUCUGCUACAAGUUACUUCAGGCUUUAAUAACAUAUUUUACAAUCCAAAGUCAAAUCCUUCAGCAUCUACAAACAACACAGAGAUAUCAUCACAUCAUCACACUGUUUACACAAACACACCUACAUGUGUUGUAGCUGUUUAUAGCUUAUUUUUUAACUCCUUUUUUAAUCUAUUUAUUCAGUGUGUUUCUGCUCAUCAUGGCUUCAUUAAUUUUUUUGUAACAUGACAUUCUGUCUAGUAUUUUGUAACAUUCAUUUCUACACAGAUGAUUGAUUCACAGUUGUAAUAUUGAUUUAAUCCUUUUUUAAAUAAAAAAAAAAUGUUCCUUGUU